AACUCAGAGCCUUCAAGUGUUUUACAAACCAAACUUAAAAGCAAGAUAACAAAACCGUCCAAUCAAAAAGGCAAGAUGUUGAAAUCACAAUCUUUCACUAUCCUUCUCUUGGCACUAAUUGCCAGUAGUGUUUACAAUCCAAUUCUUGUGUCUGCAGUUGCUGCUGGUGCAGAACCAGUUCUUGAAAUGUAUAUGCAUGACAUUCUUGGGGGGACUAACCCCACAGCAAGGCCAGUCACCGGGCUGCUAGGCAACAUCUACAGCAGCCAAGUCCCCUUUGCAAAGCCAAUUGGGUUUAAGACCCCGGACAAUGCAGUGGCUGUCCCCAAUGCCAAUGGUGCCAUUCCUACUGUCAAUGGUGUCACUGGCCUCCCUCUGGGAACUGGGUUGGCUGGAACGGCUUUCGCAGGGAAUGUUAACAACCAGAACACCAACAACAUCCAGACCCAAUUGGCUGCUGAUGGUUUGGGACUUGGCUUUGGGACAAUCACUGUCAUUGAUGAUAUACUGACUACAACUCCAGAGUUGGGAUCCCAGGCUCUUGGAAAGGCUCAGGGAGUCUAUGUUGCCAGCUCUGCAGAUGGGUCAAAACAGCUUAUGGCUUUUACUGCCAUGAUGGAAGGAGGAGAGUUCAAUGACAACCUCAACUUUUUUGGAGUUUACACUAUUGGGACUGCUUUGUCACAGUUGUCUGUAACUGGUGGGACUGGUAAGUUUAAGAAUGCUUAUGGGAUUGCUGAGCUCAGACCUCUCAUACCUCCCGGCCAAAUCUCCACAGAUGGGGCAGAAACUUUGCUGAGAAUUACAGUCCAUCUUAAGUACUGACAACUUUGAAGUUGCUUGCUGUGUUUAUUUGUGUAGAUGUGAAUGG